GGGCGGAGGAACCGUUGGAAGACGACCUUGUCGAUUUCAACUCGGUAUAUAGGAAAAAUGCUUUUCUGUUUUGUCUUCAAAAGUGCCGUAUGAGUAGAAGUUUCUGUACGCUUAACUAAGUAAGUAGCAUGACGAGGCACAUAAUUUUAAAUUCCUCGACUCUAUUCGCAGGUAUACCGAAUGAAAGAGGCACACCUGGACCUUAUCGACGAGGACGGCAAUGACGUGCCGCUGGAGGAGCGUCGGAUGAUCGAGCGAUACAGCGUGUGCUGCAUAUUUGUGUCCGGGCGCGACCUCUUUCCGCAAAUCCUGAACAAGGACGGCUGUGUGCACCGGCUGAGCGAGCAGCGCUACCACAACUCGCCCCAGGGGUACAGCAUGACGUUUCACACAUUUGUACAGCAGGCACAGGUGCAGUUGGUGUACCCGAACAUGCUGGAUUGGCCUGGCGGCAGCAAGUUUGCGCAGUACCCAGGCACCGUGAAGGCGUACGACAACAACGCAGUGAAGGUGCUGUGGCACAUGGCGUCCGGCUACGAGGCGGAGCGCAUCGUGCGGGUCGGCAAGCGCCUGAAGC